AUGGGAGAAGUGAAGCCCUCCAAGAAGCAACCAAAAGUUGCUGAAGAAGCCUUGAAGAAGUAUACAAGCUCCAGUGUGUUGGAGUUGUCGCGAGUGAAGUUGGCUGAUUCCAAAUUAGCCUACGUGCACACUCCCAUCAAGAAGGUGGUGAACUUGCAGGCGACGAAGGUCAACGUUGUGAAGGAGAAACCCGACAAGACUUGGUUUCCAAAGCCCAGAAUUCAGGUGGCUGAAUGCUUAUCCCUGCAGACAACGCAACAGUUUGAUGUCAUGGGAUUUGUCACGAAAGUGGAGGAGUUGAAAACCAUUGGCAGUGGGCGGCGGGUUUGCGAGAUAGUGAUCGAAGACGGCAGCAAAAAUAUGGAAAAUGUCGGUUGUCAGCGCGCACUGUGCUUGAUCACCAGUCACAAACAAUCCAAGCUGACGCAGGUCGCGAAUGGCGCGGGCUAUGUUGUUCUUACUGAAAUGAUUCAGUGCGGUCUGAACCCUUCGGGCCACUACAAGUGCAAAGCAAUUUGCAACUUGGACGACACUUUGAGCAUGCGCUUGGACCCGCCCCGGCCAGGGGCUACGCAGUAUGCUUUGCUGAGUAUUUCCGGACGAUCAGAAGACACCUUUUUGAUCAAUGCCUUGCAGCUUGUGCGAGAAGAGGAAGCCCAG